AUAUAUUUUUAAAUAGGGAUGCUAAAAGUAGCUACCUGGUGCCAUUUCUAAGAAAUUGUUUAUCGUUGGGCCUAUUACGAGAAAAGAGCCCAAGCGAUUCUACAACGGCUAAUAUUCCCCUUCUUCUUCUUCCUCUGUCUCAAGUUGCAAUUUUAGAAGAUAUCUUUUUCCAAUCUCUGAAAGAUAAUAAUUUCAUGAGAGUAUUAAAUGGGGGUGGGUGGAAACUUCUGGGAAUUGCUGAAACCGUAUCGUCGAGCAGAAGGGUUUGAUUUCUUGAGAAACAAACGUGUAGCAGUGGACUUGUCAUAUUGGAUUGUUCAGCAAGAAACUGCAGUCAAAGCCCACAUUCGUAAUCCUCAUAUCAGACUCACUUUUUUCCGUACCAUCAAUCUCUUCUCUAAGUUUGGGGCAUUUCCUGUUUUCGUCGUGGAUGGUACUGCGUCACCGCUUAAGUCCCAGGCAAGGAUUGCACGUUUUUUUCGGGCAUCAGGAAUUGAUCUAUCGAGUUUGCCUUUGGCUGAGGAGGGCAUUUCAAUUGAGAGGAACAAGGCAUUUCAGAAAUGCGAACAAGAAUGUGUGGAGCUUCUUGAACUACUUGGGGUGUCAGUCCUAAAGGCAAAAGGAGAAGCUGAAGCACUCUGUGCACAGUUGAAUCAAGAAGGACAAGUUGAUGCUUGUAUUACUGCUGAUAGCGAUGCAUUUCUUUUUGGAGCCAAAUGUGUUAUCAAAAAUAUCCAACCCAACUCCAAAGAACCAUUUGAGUGCUAUCACAUGUCGGAUAUUGAGUCUGGUCUUGGGCUGCGGAGAAAUCACUUGAUAGCAAUUUCACUUUUGGUGGGAAAUGACCACAACUUGAUUGGUGUCCCUGGGAUUGGGCUUGAAACAGCACUUCGUUUUGUCAAAUCUUUCAGUGAAGAUGAGAUCUUGUAUAGGUUGCAGGAAAUAGGUGGAGGGGAUGUACAGGUGCUUCAGCGUGAUGUCAACUUAGACUGUAAUUUUAUACCCAGUUCAGAUGAGAGCCCUCAGAAGACCAAAGUGCGACACUGUUCAUUCUGUGGGCAUCCUGGCAGCAAGAAAGCUCACCUCAAGUUUGCUUGUCAGUAUUGCAGUUCCAAUGCCGACGAGGGUUGCAUUCAGAAACCGUCGGGCUUCAAGUGUAAUUGUUCCUCGUGUGAUUUGGAUAAUAAAGAAAAAGAACAGAAAAGAAAUGAGAAUUGGCAGAUUAAAGUUUGCAGAAUGAUCACCUCGGAGCAGAAUUUCCCAAACAAUGAGAUUACAGAAAUGUACUUGAACAAACACCAGCAGUCUGCAGAUGGUGAUUAUCAUUUAACAUGGUCAAGUCCAAAGACAGAUAUGCUAGUUGAUUAUCUGGCUUAUUAUCAGCACUGGGAGCCAUCUUAUACACGACAAAGAAUGCUUCCUAUGUUAUCCACCAUAUUUCUAAGAGACGUGGCCUCAAAUUCAAAAGAUCAAUUGUUAUGCGGACAGUAUGAAUUUGAUUCCAUUCAGCGGGUAAAGACAAGAUUUGGACAUCAACUUUACGUAAUCAAUUGGAAGAAAACGACACGUGAAAUGAGCAAUGAAAUCUGCAUCCCCUCUGAAAACCCUGAUACGGAGCAGGAGCUGAGGAUAGCUGAUGAUGAGUCGAAAGAUUUGCUCGAUGAGCCUGAGGUUCUGCAGAUUCAUAUCAAGGACGGAUGCAGCUUUUUAUCAACUGAAGAAGAUAUGGAGCUUGUACAGAGUGCUUUUCCAGAAAAGGUUUCCCAGUUCUUGAGAGAUAAGGAGCUAAAAGAAACAAAAUCAAGUAGAAAAAGAUCAGUGAAGCCUGAAAAUUCAGAAUCACCGAGAGGCGUUCAACCCAGCAUCACCAACUUCUACCGAUCAUCCAAAGUCCAGGUGACGCCUGGGAAUGAAACUGGAAGUUCAAAGAUUAGUGCGGAUACUUCUGGAGAGAGAGAUAAAGAACCCAUCCGAAACUACUCCAAGUCUGCUAGACGCAAGCUUUUGUUUGGUUAGCCAUGCAGCACGAUCCAAUACCUUUGCGUCCUGUAAAUUGGUUUGUCACAGUUGUGUAUAUUGAUCUUUUAUUUUGGUUUCUCUCCCAUUUGGUAAAUGAGGUAAAUAUAUAUAGAUGAGGUUCUAUAUUUUUGGUUGGGUUGGGGGUGGGGGGCAGCAGUUGUCACAAUGAUGUGCAUAUUAAUCUUUAAUUUUGUUUUCUUUCCCAUUUGGUAAAUGCAAGCUCACUUGUGAAUGAGGUAA